AGACUAUGUCACUCUCCACUUGUCCCACUCACGGUCGCUGUCCGAGAACUGUUGCGAAGUACCGAUUGGCAUGAGUGCAAUGAAGUAUGUUGAUCAAGCGGCAUGCUUCCGGUGGAUAUCGGGGGCCUCUUUGAGUCGCCAUCUUAUGACCUGAUGAAUAUAUCCCACGCGGCCAGACUGCUGUUUGCAACGACUCACAAACAUCUUUUUGUAAAUCCAUACAUUUUGGACUUUCAACAUGAUUUCUUCGCAGCCUCUAACCCUCGCCAACUCUGUCCGAGAGAGGCUGCCCCGCAAUGAGGUUCCAUACACUUUGAGUGUUAAGCUCAUUCGAUCCGUCGAGCUUCCAACGACGGCAAAAACUGCUGGCUUCGAUGGCAUCCUCAUCGAUAUGGAACACUCUUCCUUUGAUCUCGACACUACUGGACAGCUAUGUACUGCAGCACUCUACGCGGGCAUUCCCCUAUUGUCCGUGCGCCUAGCAAGGAUCCUCACUAUGUCUCGAGAAUCCUCGAUGGAGGUGCCUUGGGUGUCAUCGUCCCUUUUAUUCGGAGCGUGCAAGACGCAAAGGAUGUCGUUGCAGCAGGAAAGUUUCAGCCUAUCGGAUCUCGCUCUUCGGCCAAUGGUCUUGUGUCGGCAGGUCACGGCCACCCUAAAUCGCCACUAUUAAGCUUUCAGGGUACUCGAUCUCGCCGAAACGACUAACUAAGCUGAAAGCGGUUACCUUGGCACAGCUGAGGCCGACCAUAGGAUUUCACACAUGCUCCCCUAA